GAGCCGGGCGGGGGCACCCAGCCACCCAGCCACCCACCCAGCCACCCACCCCGCCAGCCAGCCAGCCAGCCAGCCCGAGCGGAUAGGGGCUGAGCCUCCGCUGCCGCCGGCCGCUUCGCCUAGCAGGCAGCGUCCCAACCGGAGAAGCCAGGAUGGGCCGUCCCGCCUGCUUGCUUCUGCUGAUAGCGGCCGCCCUGAGCUGGUCCUGGGGGGCUCAAGGCCAGGUCUAUUAUUCCUGCGGGGCUCAGUUCAGUUCCUGGGAAAGAGGAUUGAUUUUAUCUCCCGGCUUCCCCAGCAAUUAUUCCUCGGGCAUGCACUGCGUCUGGCGGUUUCUUAUUCCUGCCAAAACCUACUUACUGUUGGAGAUCUUUGACUUUGAUGUCUUUGAAAGCAUCAGUGAAGACUCGAACGCCUGGGAUGGCUAUUUUUCCUUGACCCAAAAUACGAACAAGGAUUCUUCACCCGCAGAAGAAACCGCAGAAUAUUUAAGCACCGUCUUUCCAACCAAGACUUUGGUUGACCCCGAUCUUGACUCAACGGAUCUCGUCGAGGGCCUCCCAGAAGCCACGUCUCAAAACCUUGAGUGGAAAGAAUUCCACCCAAGUGGAGAACCCAAAGACUUAGCGGUCACUCAACCAAGUCAAUUUCCAAUCCAGGAAGGGACCGACGAUACCUUGACGAGACAAGGUGGAAAACAGGAAAAGGAGGACUUGGUGGACAAAAUAUUCUUUGCUCACUACCCUGCUAAGGAGAACGCGGAAGGUCCUCAAAGACAUCUCGGGAAGGUGAUUUUUGGAGAAGAGGCUGCCAUUUCAACCAUGAUCUUGCCGGAGAACGUAUCUUCCACUCCGCCGUCCUCCGCUGACGUUUGUCCUGAUGAUGUCUUAUAUGUCUCGGACCUCAUCGCUUUUUCUUCUCGUUUCUGUGGGGCAAAAUCGCCCUUGAACCAAAACAUGACCUUUGGGUCUUCUCUCAAGAUGGUGGAAGUGAUUGUGGAGCUGAUUACCACCACCGACCGUGGACGGGGUUUCGCCAUGCUCUUUGAGUACAAGAACGGGACAGAGACGAUGCCCACCCACGACAUCGAGGAUGGAGAAGAGAAUACCAUGAUGUUGGUGGUCAUCACAGGCAUCCUCUUCUUUGCGAUGGUCCUUUUGUCCUCGCUCUGCAUUGCAUGUAGGUGGAGGUUAUGUCUCAAAAGAAGUUCUCUGGAAGUCCACAGCGAUCAAGAAAACCAGAUCCAGAACUCUGGCGUUGACGUCAGUGAACUCCAGCUGGUGAUCCCCUGUCAAGAAAACGAAAACAACAAUCACUCUCUUGGGGGAAAUGGCGUCGUCACUUCCUGCCCUGGCAAUGUGGAACCCAUAAUCGAUCUAGAUGCCCUUCCAAUGUCAGCUGUGAUGGGAGGUGACGAGGUGUUCAUUAUUUCUGCCAAUCCAGAACCUGGUCGCUUGAGUUUUACCUCAUGUAAAAUACAGGACAAGAGGUUGACACGAAGCAUCACCAGCCCAACUUCCGUGUCGGAAUGGCUGAUCCCCAAGCAAACGGAGCCCGGCAGCCAAGCGUCCAAAUCCCGAGGGGGGCGGCACCCCAAGGACGCUUCUCUGAAGCAGCAGGCGUGGCACGCACGUACCUUCCACGAUCUCUUGGCUCCGUUCCCACAGCUCCAGGAGCAAUGGGGCCACUGGACCAACAACGGCCCUUCCCCCAAAACGGCCAAAAGCGGAGUUUUUUCGACCUCCACCCCAAACCAGCCCAUUAGAAUCCAAAAUGUGAGCUCCGCGGGAGAAACUGAAGGAAUUUCCGAAGGGUCCCAUUUGAAAGGUUUGGCCAGUAGCCCAUGGACACGUUCGGCCCAGAAACUGCAGAAGCUGACCGGUGGUUCUAACUCGAGAAGGUCCCAAUUUGCAAACCCCUCUUUUGAUUUCUUGACCGGUUCUCCUGGCUGCAGCCAGCCGAGGCUUCCUGAGCACUCCAAAGCUGAGGCCAUUCUGUCCCCUGGUCUGGGAGGGAAGGAUUCUCCAGAUGCUGCCCUCAGAUUGAAAAGCAACACCGUCAACUCUUCCAAACCCAAGGAGGCUUCUGUAGACGUGGACGGGCCCAAAGCGGUGUUUGUGAUUUCUGAAGAAGGAGAUGAUCAACAGCCUUUGGUUUUGGCGGAGCACACAAAUGAAGGCGUGGAUGUUUUACCCGAGACAAAUGCCGUCAUCUGUGAAGGAGGGAUGGCCGCGAGGAAGGAGCAGAUGGUAGACCUAGCGCUUGAAGAAGACUCGGAGGAGACCACCAGAAGCAGGUUGGGCAUAGGUCCGUGGGGGGAGCCCUGCCGUUCCUAUCAAGAUGCCUUUCAGGGCGACAGAGAUGAAACCUAUGCUCCUGGCCCAAGACCAGAGUCGCUGGCUCGUUUCAAUUCAACGACUUGUCCGAAUGUGCUCUUUUGAUCGUCCAUGAAGGUCCUUCACGGAACUGGAAGCGGUGAAGAUCUUUUGAGAUGGAACGGAGCAGGCAGACAUUCAAGAGACAGCCUUUGAUUUGCUUAGGGGGGCAAGCACGGAUCCUGCACUCAACGACGCUUGCCCGAAACUUUGUCUUAAAUUGGAUGCAAUGAUUAUGGAUAUUGCUGUGGAGCACAAUGUUUGGUCUUGAUGCAUGGAGACCCACCUGGCGUUUUCCUUUUGAAAUAAGCUUGUUGUUUUUUUUUUAAAGUUGUGUUUGAAUUGGGAAAUGUGAUCAGAUCUAAAGCCUAUCAGGUUUAGGUAAAGGUGACUGUUCUGGAUAUAAUCCUUAGCAAGAGAUCAACCAAAUUCUGCCCAUGAUGUGGAAGGGUCAGUGGUGGGAAUUCACUGAGCGCGCGGUUCGCCCAAACUAGUCCGGACAGGUACAAUCCCACCCCUGGGAAGGGUGUAAAGUUCUACUGAUGUGUGAUUAUAGUCCCCCCCCCCAAAAAAAUGGGUGACUCUGAACAGAACUGGGAUAACUAAAAAAAUACAAGCAACGCAUGUGAAAAGACGAUUGGGGAGGGCGACAUUUUUAGAUUAACACAUUUUAUUCAAAGGAUUCACUGGCUUUGGUGAAUUCUCUCUCUCCUACAGUGAGAAGAUGAGGUCAAGUCAGUUCAAUGAAACUGACCGUUACCCACACCAACAACAGGGUUUGCCAUUCGCACAACCCAUCCCGCCAAAGUUGGUGCGAACUUGGGAUUCAAGUUCGGGUGGGUUGGCGUGGUUGCAGGCGCUCACACCGAAGUUGUGAGAUUGCCAAAAUUGUUAUCGUGGCCACGUAAGAAUGCUUCGGUGAAUUCUGAAAGCAGGAUAAAACCUUUUGAGAAAGCAACGACUUCUUCAGAUUAACCUGACUAGGUGGCUCAGUGGCUAAGACACUGAGCUUGUCGAUCAGAAAGAUUGGCGGUUCGAAUCCCUAGUACAGGUCUCCUGUGUGAGCAGGGGGUUGGACUAGAUGACCUCCAAGGUCCCUUCCAACUCUUGCUACUGUUACUAUAAGAUUUGAAGACCACAAUAUGCUUUGGAGCAGACGAUGGUUCUCCCACCCACGCCUACCUAGAUAGCUCUUUAAAGCAGCUGCAUCUUUUCUGGGAAUGCACACGAUGACAGAAUCUGGGGAAGAGAUGCGGUGGCUUUAAAGGUUUGCCGUCCUAAAAACGCACAAUAUUUUGAAUCGGCCCUGCUCCACAUUAUUAAGCCAACACCCCGGCCUUUGUGGUUCAAAUUCCUCACUCAAGAGAAGAUUUUCAAGGAUGGGUCAGUCUGUGACACCAUAGUAAAUUGCACUUGGAAUUACAGUAUUAUUAAGAGAGUGGGGGCGCACAGUGAAGAUUUGUGUUGGUUGAGGGGUUUGAACCAGGGGUUGGAUUUCGAAAUUUUAGCAACCAAUACUCUGCCCGGUUGCUGGGUGGCCAUGGUCGUGGUCUACUUGGCUUCCUGUCCUACGGGUGGGGGAGGCACAGCGUUUUUACCUUCCUCAGACUCCGGAGGCUUUCCUCGAGCCUCUGGGAGGGUGAAAACAGCCUCUCCCAGGCUCUGGAGGCCCUCCGGAGGCUGGAAGUGGGCCCAUUUAUGGACUUUCAGUAUGCCCAUUUUUUGCCCUACCAGAGCCUCCGCACGGGCCCUGCACUUACCUGGCAUCCAAAACGGGCCACAUGGAGACUCCUGGGAGGGGCGGGGAGGGAGGGGCGGGGUCAGCCAGUCCUUGCAACAGCCAGUUUGAUGAACCAGAUUAAAAUUAACAUCCGGUUUGCCCGAACUGGUCCGAACCGGCUGAAUUCCCACCCCUGGUUUGAAUUAAAUGGUAGGUGAGUUUUAAGCAAACUUUGUUGUGGUUUUUACAGAAGCUGCAUGAUUUAUUUGCAAAGUCCAUGACCUGUUAGCAACUUACAGGUAGUCCUUGUUGUAAGUCAACGGUCAUUUAGUUCAAAGUUACAAAGGCACUGGAAAAAAGUGACUUAUGACCGCUGUUCACACAUAACGACCGUUGCAACAUCCCCAUUUAAAAUUCAGACCCUUGGCAACUGAUUUGCACUUAUGACGGUUGGUCAUGCGAUUCCCUUUUGCGAUCUUCUGAUAAGCGAAGUCCAUGGGGAGACCAGAUUUAUCUAACAACCCUGUUAAUAAUUUAACAAGGCAGCGAUUCACCGAAGCCUGGCAAGAAAAGCCAUAAAACCGGGCACUUAACAAAUUUCUCACUUAGCGACAUAAAUGUUGGGCUCCACUGCGGUCACAAGUUGAGGACUACCUGUAAAUGCUUCCCUGUGGCCAUUAAAACAGGGCAUCGCUGGGUCUUUAAUCGCACAACUUCAUACCUGAAUCAAAACAAAUUUUUAAAGCCGGCUGCUACAGCUAGCAGCCUGAUUGGUAUUUUAAUGGCUUUGUCCUGGAAUGCAAUUUUAGUUUUUCAGAUUUUUUUGAGGCUGGAAUAGAAGGGAAUGUUAUCCAAGACCUGCAUUUGGUUCAGGCAGCUGUUGGAGAAAGUCCUUGAAAUAUCUGCUGGAAAACAGGUGCCAAGGGAAGGAAUGGGAAAAAUUCAGCUCUAUUCAAAUAAAGCAAUUUUUUUUCUUAGCAUUUUUCGGGCGCUGUCUGGGAGCUUUAAAACUGGCUCCUAAAUUGCUUAACUCAGAUUAAUUCCUCAUUUUCAUCUGCUGUUUUAAGCGUCCAUCUGCGCUAGCUUAAAGUACCAGGUGUAGUUGUAGAAGGGCUUAAGAUUUGUGUGUGUUUGUGUGUGGUGUGCACAUUUGCACUUUGAAAUGAAGAAUUUUUUCACCUAAAGGAGCAGUAGAUUUGAUCGUAGUAAUGGGGAAAUGCAAGCAGAAUUUAUAGUGCCUUUCCACUGAAAACCUGUUUUCCCAGCGACUUUAAUCAUUCAAGAUUGCUAGGAAUUCUGUUUUUGUUUCAAGCAGGACAAUCAAAUUGAAGAACUCUCCCUCCCCCUAUUCUGCUGUUUCCUGUUGUUUUUGCAAAAAUUUUUUUUAUCAAUUUAUAAGAAGCUUGUUUGAGUUUUCUCAUCUUUCCCAAAAGCUGGUGGUUUUUUUUUUGUGUGUAUUUGUAUGGAUGUUUUUCCUAUUACAUUUUCACACCUUAGAGCUACGUUAUCAGUGCAGCAGAUGUGUCUACGUGUAAAACAAAAACUAAAUACAAAAUUCCUAAAAUACUUUCCAGCUUUUUAUACGUUACUGGUUUGGGUAGAAAGCAAGCUGGUGUGGAAAACUGCCUCAAUUUUGUAGCUGGUAGUUCCAAAUGUGUGCAUCUGAAUUCUAAGCCACACACAUGGCAGAAAUUGGCUAGGAAAGUCAAGGGCUACGUGUACUCAUAAGGGGGUUCUUCUU